CGCCAAAGCACUUCAGUAAAUGUAUAGCUAAAAUGGCUCAGUUUAAGAAAACCGAUAGUAAAAUAUACUCUAAAACCGCGACCGUGCUGUCGGCGGACUCAAUUUAUUGGAAAAAGCUGGGAGUUCCCACAUUGGUGAAAGAAUUCGGCGCGAUAGAUUACAUCGAUUUCAGCCCAGUGGAACCUUACCUUUUUGCCGUAACUGCCUCGGUACGUGUACAGAUCUACAAUCCCAUUACGAAGCUUGUGGUGAAAAACAUCACCAAGUUCCAGGAGGCUGCCCACGGUGGAUCGUUUCGUAAAGAUGGCAAUCUGUUGGUGGCGGGUGACGAGUUGGGUAAGGUGCGAUUGUUUGACGUUACCACUCGCACGAUUCUUCGUUUCUUCGAAGGGCAUAAAGCGCCAGUUCACCGUACGUUCUUUACUGCGGAUGGGCAUCAUGUGGCGAGCUUUUCGGACGAUCGUACCGUAGGGUACUGGGAUAUUGCAACGGAAAACCAUUUACACUCAUUCACCGGGCACGAAGAUUACAUAAGGGCCGGUAGCACGAGUCCCAUCAGUCCUAACAUAAUCCUUUCCGGUGGAUACGAUCGUAAAAUACGCAUGUACGACACACGGGCAAAAGACUGUGUGAUGACUGUCGAUCACGGGCAGCCAGUGGAAUCGUUAGUGUUUCUACCGAGUGGUGGAAUCUUCAUCAGCGCCGGAGGUACCUCCGUUAACGUGUACGAUGCCCUUGCUGGAGGACGACAGCUGGCACAGCUUUCCCAGCACCACAAAACCGUCACUUGUCUGCAGUUGGCCAGCGAUGGCAAGCGCCUAUUUUCGGGAAGUUUAGACCGUCACGUGAAGGUGUACGAUAUCGCUACGUAUCAGGUGGUUCACACAAUCGACAGUUCGAACGCGAUUCUGAGCCUUGGUAUUUCUAAGAACGAUGAAACACUUGUAACGGGCAUGGUAGAUGGAUUGAUCGCUAUCUAUCGGCGCGAAAGUGAUCCGCGCGAUGAGCAAUCAAACCAACGGACUAUACGCAAGAGCCGGUAUCAGCAUAUUUUUGAAUCAGUUGACCAACAGGUGGAAGAAUUGCAAUACGAACGCAUCGAAGGUCACGAUCGGAUGUUGCGCAAGUACGAGUACAAGAAAGCGCUCGAUGCGGUCAUGCUGGUCAAGGUACGUGGCAAAUGGCCCGAGAAAACAGUAGCCCUUAUAAAGGAACUUAUACGGCGGAGAGGUUUACAUCGAGCGCUCGAUGAUCGAACGCCGGACUUUUUGGUAACGUUCGUAAACUUUCUCACGCGCCAUAUCGGCGACUAUCGAUUUACACCGACGUUGGUCGAUGCGAGCAACAUUCUGCUCGACGUUUACGAGGAUUCGUUCGAAAAGUUUGCAGGAACGGUUGUGGGCAAAGCGUUCGUAACGCUUGCGGAAAAGCUACAGACGGAGGAAAAGCUGGUGCAGGAGUUUUUAAACGUUCAGGGUGCACUGGAUAUGAUUUCCGUUGCGGCUGAUACGGCAGAACCGGAUAGCGGUGAUGAUACGAGCACCACAGCGUAUGAUGCGUCCAAAAAGGCAAAAACUCAUACGGUCAUAUCGGUGGAUUGACCUCCGAAAAAUGUACACUCGCUGUAAGAGAUAGAAGUAA